AUGGGACAGAUUGGCCAGAAGCCUGUGAGGGCUCGGAUGGAGGACGGUUCUUACACUGGUGAAGAGCGAAUUUUCUUUGCUGGAGAGCACACGAGUGGACGCUAUCCAGCUUCUGUUCAGGGAGCAUGGCUCAGUGGCAUCCGUGAGGCGGCAAGGAUUGCUGAUCUAUUUCUGGGAUGUCCGUUCUCAGCGACAAACGUUCUCGAGCCCGAGUGCGUUCAGCUUGACAGUGACGAUGAAGACAACGAAGAAAUAGAAAUGACGGAAGCUGCUUGCGACACUGAAAAUCCUGAACCUGAACAUGCGGCCGAUGAAGAAACGAAGGAAAACGGAUCCAGCCACGAGGAGUUUCCUGACAGCACCGAUCACAAUGGUGAAAGUGAGUGCAAGCGACCAAGAAUGGACGUGUAG